GCCGCGGUGCGGAUCGGUCGUGUUUCGUGCUUAGGGGAAAAUAUAAAUAACAACAACGUGUUUGUUGUCGUAAACAACUUUGUUUGGGAGUAGCGCGCAAUUUGAGAAAACAUCAAAAUGGCUGCACGACCACCAACAACGGCAAACCGGACGAAGAAACAAAACCACGCGAACAUUCCGUGUCCCAUCGAGAACUGCGCACGAUUCACCUACGGCAAGCUGCCAGACCAUCUCACCAAGAUCCACGGCCUCACCGGAGCAGAGAGAGACGCUCUCAACGAACAACAGAGAAAGAGAUUCUUCAACGGAGAACUCUGCCAAGUACGAUUCCUAAAAGAAUCAGCCAUCCGCGAUCUAUGGGGAGCCGAUUACGAAGAUCCUAGGAUCAAAGCGAAAAUACACCAAAGCUAUGCACUCGUCAAGAUUAGAAUAAUACCUUUAGCUGCAACCCAAAGAACCCGUCCGCUUACAGAGCAAGACGCCAACGUUUUAACUGCCUACAACGCUAGAACAGCGCCUCGGCCAGCGCGAGUCCAAAGACAGAAGACCAGAUCGCGACCGUAUCCUCCUCCAGCAACAAAUCAAGAAGAAUGCAGAACAUCCAGCGAAUCUAGCGAAGAAGAAAACACUAGAAACCCUCUACCACCGUCCCCUCCACCGUCAUCUCCAUCUUUACCACCGUCCCCUAUUCCGUAUGAAAUUCAACCAGUCGAAACUCGAUUGCCAGACAUAUUCGAUUCCAAAAUAGACGCCGGCUACAAAGCCGUUAUUGAUGACAUGAAGAAAUCUAUGACGAUGGGAAGAAGUCUUGGCACAAGGAAGCGGAAAGCAUAUAGAACAUACAGACGUUACGCAAAGAGGUUGAUAGCGUAUCUACAUCGGCAGCAUUCACCUUUGGCGUACGAUGUCGAUGUCCUUUUAUGCGGCGAAAGGCAAGUGUGUGAGUUUCUGGAACGCAUCAGCUCUGAACAUAAAACAAAGACGUUGAGAAAUUACAUUGUAGCUGCUAUCAAGUUGUUGGAUUCCCGCCUCUUUGCCAUUGAAACUGACCCUUCGUGUAAAGAGAAAGUUGCCUCAAUGACACGAGUGUACGAAGUAUUGCAUGGUCGGCUGAACGAAUGUGACAGAUUGUUAGCCCAAAAAGACAAUGCUAGUCAGAAAAAAACAACUACAUUCGAUAGUGAUAUCAUGGAGCAUAGUUUUUCCGAUACGUAUCAUGAUUUGCUGUAAAAUGUAUGUAAAUUAUGAUUACUUAGAAGUUCUUGUUUAUAAAAACU